UGUUUCAAUUGCCUGCUGACGAGCCAGAGCCCGAGCCAAAGCCAGAGCCCGAGUCAGAGCCAGUGUUAGUACCAGUGCCAGAGCCAGAGCGGUGCCGGGAUGAGCAGGACGAGCGUAAUCAGCAAAUGUGCCAAACGACAGCGGGUUGGGCCACCGCCGCCCCGUACCAAGCCAUACCACACCACACCACCCCAGCUCCAUCUUCGUUCCAUCUCCCAAAAAGGACAACGACAGCGGCAGAAGUAGAGGAAGAGCCAGCGGCAGCAGACGACAACGUCCUGCCAGAGCACUUGGCCAGUGCUGGCGUUGGCCAACAAAAUGAACUUCGGCUAAUUACUCAAUGCAAAUUAAAAUUCAUGUCAAGCAGAUUGGAUUAUCCUCACGCAACAUUUAAUGUCGCACUUAGCAGUGGCUGCGAAAGGCAGGAUGGCUAUGGCCAGGGAAAGGUGCUCGUGCUCCUUGGCAACUGGACAGCCAGGACUCAGCGGAAUCAAGGGCGUGAAAAGCGAAGGCAGGAAAGGCUGGCAAAAUGGCAAAACGAGAUGAGCGGACGGGGCGGGGUCGAGAGCGGAGAGGGGAGAGGGGAGCGCUGUGGCGUGCUCGGGAGAGCAACAAAGAAAAAUCUCUUUUGAAAUGCUAAUGUAAAAAUUCUUUAAAGAAAAUUACGCAAUACAUU